CAGUGUGUUUGCGCCGCGGGAGAGGACGCGCCGGCAGCUGCUUCCCGGAUAUGGCCUGCAGCCCGCGAAGCCCCCCCAGGUACCGGAGCCGCUGUGACCGCGACGCCAGCCCGCCGCCCCCCGCGAGAUGGAGCCUCGGGCGCAAGCGCAGAGCCGACGGCCCGCACGGGGCGGCCGAGGACGCCGAGGGCCUCGCGAAGCCGGCGGGCGACCGCAGACCCGACAGCUUCACCACUCCUGAAGGCCCGAAGCCCCGGUCCAGAUGCUCGGAUUGGGCAAGUGCUGUGGAAGAAGAUGAAAUGAGGACCAGAGUGAACAAAGAAAUUGCAAGGUAUAAAAGAAAACUCCUCAUAAACGACUUUGGAAGAGAGAGAAAGCCGUCGCUGGGAAGUUGCGAUUCGAAGGCGGCUCCGUCCUCGCUGCCGGCCGACCUGGAGACGGACGAGAGCGUCCUGAUGCGGAGGCAGAAGCAGAUCAACUACGGGAAGAACACCAUGGCCUACGACCGCUACAUCAGAGAGGUCCCGAGGCACCUCCGGCAACCUGGCAUUCACCCCAAGACUCCCAACAAGUUCAAGAAGUACAGUCGGCGCUCCUGGGACCAGCAGAUCAAGCUCUGGAAGGUGGCCCUGCAUUUCUGGGACCCUCCAGCAGAAGAAGGAUGUGAUUUUCAAGAAAUGCGUCCGGUGGACCUCGGGCAGAUGGAGACCGAAUCCACAGAAGGCAGUUCCGAGUCCCUGGCGAGCUCUGAGGACAACAGCUUCGACGCGUACUCAGGCACUCCCACCAAAGUCAGACACGUGGACUGCCAGCUGGAGGACGAGUUUGACCUGGAAGCCUGUUUAACUGAGCCCUUGAAAGACUUCUCGGCCAUGAGCUAACCGGUGCCGGGGGCGGCCACGGACAGCAAGUUGCCUGCCUGGCCAGGUGCAGGGCCAGCCAAGCUCGCGUCGUGCGCUCUUCGUGCGGCGGCUCCUGUCGAUAGCUACCUUCUGGUGAAUUGUUUUUCUUGCCUUAUUUUCUUAAGAAACAAUUUUAUGUAUAGUGAGUGUAUUUUGCAUGUUUUAAAGCAUAAAUGGAACUAAGUCCAAUGAAAACCGACCCUGAUGCAGCCUUACAAGAGGCCGACUGCUCGGCCCCCACCACCGUCGCCUGUGUGCCGGACGCGCGUGCCGGGCUGUCCUUCUGCCUGAGCCUCUGGCCUGCGGCGGCCGCCUCCCAGGCGGCUGGUAUGGGGCUGAGAGCGUCCGGGACCGGGCCGGCCUGGCAUCAGCCUCUGGUGCGGGUGUCCGUCGGGCAUCCUUGUCCUCAGGCCCCUCCGCACCCGUGCAGGAGCUUCUCUCGUCAGACAUCGAGGCGGCGCCACCCCACACACAGCACUGAGCAGUCAGCACGAAAGCAGUCGGUUUUACUGAGUUACACAGUCUCAGUUGGGUACUUGUGAAUAGCGUGAGGUAGGUCGUCUUCUGGUAAUACUCCAAGAGUUGAGGCAGCAGAGGGAUUCAGGAAGAACAUUUUUUAUGCAGUUAAUUUGCCAUGUAAAACUGUUGUAAAUGAUAAUGUAUACAGAUUUUCUGUUCAAACAUUCAAUUGUAAACUUCUCAUUUAGGGCUGUUACGUUUUUACUGCUUUUGUAUGGAAUGAGAUUGCAAGAAUAAAACCCUUCA